GAUGUGAUCAAAUGCUCACGCAGUCUGUUAUGUGAAACAGUACAUGGAUUCCCACUGACUCAAUAUGCUGUAAAUGGAAGUUAUGCACGAAGUGAGGAACCGCUGGAAUAUGAAGAAUUUGAAGGCACCAAAGAACAGCAGAAGACCAUAGAAACUCCUGAAACUGAAACUGGCCGGCGGGACGAUACUGAAGCUGACAACCAGGCGGGUGCUGCUGAAGAAGAUGAGGACGACGUUGAGGGAAAGAUAGAACUAAAGCAGACUACGGCACAAGAGGGAGCAAAUGUCGGAAGUCGCCCACCAUCCGAGGGAGGGAGAGGUAGUAAGGCUAGCGACAGCGGCGAUCCUAUCGCUGAAACAAUGGAGCAAGAUGGAACAGAAGGAGGAGAACCGCGGGUAAAUGAGGCCAGGAAUAAUCCAGAAAUCUUGUUAGAAAGCAGCCAACAGUCACCUGAACCUUCUGCCAAGUUAUCAGAGACUGAUGCUGCCGACGCUAAUGCAGAGGAAGACGGAAAGAAUAGCGGUGAAGGUACACCCUUAGCGGACUCUCCAACAGCAGAGGAAGUUGAACACGACGAGGGCGAGGAUCGAUCACAUCUUGACGGAUGA